ACGAUUAGGGAUAUGUCCCUUGAAGGAUCUGUGGAUUAUUUUGAAUUAUCCUGUAUAAGCAUAUCGUGAUCCAUGAAUUGUGGAUAUAGCACAGACACGCAUCAGAAUGCGAUUUUAUCGGCAGCACGUAAAAUGAAUAUAACUAAGUAGUUCCAAAUUUUAGAAAUGUAUUAGCGGUAGUGUGUAAGGGCUUUGACAGUCCCACCGAAAAGGCCGGCAUAGUCGCUCUCUGGUAUGACUGUUUAUAAUAGAGCUCUUAAGAUUCUUUUAUUCAUUCCUGGAUUUUCAAAUAUUAACGUGAAGGAUUGAUAACCGUCCCGCAGAGAGUCAAAGUUAUCUACGCCGUCCGGACACGCACGAGUAAACAGAUCUCGUAUAAUAAAUUCAGAUAGACAACGGAAGAAGGAGUAAAAGCUUUUUCCCGCUCGAGUUUCGAGUCAUUUCUAUCAGCGAUAAAUUGGAGAUUGCUCAUCUAAUGUUCGAUCACCUGUGAUGUAGAUGCGUUUGCCACCUGUCGCAAGUUUGCAUUUGCGUUAAAUGCUCGUGGAGGUAUCGUGGUGUCGGCAUCGAUAUCGCAGCCGCAGAAAAAAACCAAGCGUCGUCGCCCCGUGGACGCGGAGAUGGCAGCGGAAGUCGACGAACAGUCGCAUCAGCAUUGCAUGAAGUUGCCACCGGCUGUUGAAGUAUUUGCCAAUCUGAAGAAUGCGCAGACCUUCGCCAUUGACAUCGGAUUAUCAUUAACUAAAAUCGCCUAUUACUCAACAGUAAGUUAUCGCAAAGCACUUUAUGAGGAUGCAGAGGGUUUAGGAAAUAGUGGAGAACUAGCAUAUAAAGUAUGUGAGGGUAAUAGACUACAUUUUGUUAAGUUUGAGACAAAGUAUAUCGAAAACUGCUUAGACUUUGUCAAAAAAAACUUAGUAGAUGUUGAACGUUUUCAUGGAAAAAGUAUUAAAGUAACUGGAGGUGGAGCAUUCAAAUAUACUCCAUUGUUGCAAGAAAAAUUAGGAUUACUAGUUGACAAGAAAGACGAGAUAGACUGUCUGAUAAAGGGAUGCAAUUUUUUGCUUAAAAAUAUACCUUGUGAAGCAUUUGAAUAUCAUCGAAAUGCAAACCCAGAAUAUAGAUUUCAAAAAGCUGAACCUAAUAUAUUUCCAUAUUUACUAGUUAAUGUUGGCAGUGGUGUCAGUAUUCUUAAAGUAGAAUCAGAUGAAGUAUUUGAAAGAGUUGGAGGUACGGCUACAGGAGGAGGUACAUUUUGGGGAUUGGGAUCACUACUUACAAAAAGAAAGGACUUUGAUGAAUUGCUGCAACUUGCAGAACGAGGAGACCACCGUAAUGUAGACAUGUUAGUGAAAGAUAUUUAUGGAGGCGAUUAUUCCUCCCAAGGUUUACCUGGAGAGCUUAUUGCAUCAUCUUUUGGCAAGGCAGUAGCUUGUGGACAACCAAAAUUUUCUGAAGCUGAUCUUGUAAGGAGUUUAUUAUUUACCAUUAGUAAUGAUAUCGGACAGAUAGCUAGUUUAUACGCAACUGUUUACAACACGGACAAGGUUUAUUUUGGCGGUUAUUUCCUUCGUAACCAUCCAUUAUCAAUGUAUACUAUCUCAUACUCCAUCAAAUAUUGGUCUCAUGAUAAGGUAAAGCCUCUCUUUCUUCGCCAUGAAGGUUACCUUGGCGCAAUUGGAGCAUAUUUAUAUGGGACCGAACAAAUAGAUAAAUAUAGCUGGUUGGAAAAUUAUGCUGGUUCAUCGAGUUUUAAAGAUUCUGUUUCAACUGAUCUUGGAAUUAAAGUCGAUCAAUUAGAAAUUGAUCAAGUAGAAUGCGCUGUUACAUUCUGCCCAUUAUUGGAAGAUCCUGCAUCUUACAAUCCUGAUACUACAGAUCUCACUCAGGAUAAAGAAGCAAGAGAUUAUUGGCUGGGAUGUUUGGAAGAAUCUGCAGAUAAAUUUGUGUUGACUGCUAUUCGCAGUCAACCACACAGUUUGACAGCAAAAGAUAGAGGAUUAAAAUUAAAGGAGAAAUAUAUUAACAAAUUACAUUAUCUUCAGGCGCAACCAUUUGCAUAUGGGACACUUGCGGUUAGAACAUUAUUAGAUAUCAUCGAGCAUUGCAUGAAAGAAUUUGAUUUUCCAGAUCCAUAUUUACAUCAAAAAAGAAAAGAGAAUGAAAAAGCAUUAAGUUUUCUACAUGAUCGCAUAACAUCCAUAGAUAAAUUAGAAGGCGCAGAAAAGACAACAGCUUUGAUAUUGGGUGUUCUCAGUGGCAAUAUAUUUGAUUGGGGUGCAAAAGAUGUCGUAAAACUAUUGGAAAACAAUGACUUUGGUUUUGAAGAAGCUCAAGCAAAAAUUCCAGGUAGACCAUGGCUAAAAGAUAAUUUAAAUGAUUGGGUACACAGACUACAAAAUGGACCACCUCACAAAUGUGCAGCCAUCUUUGUUGACAAUAGCGGUGCAGAUAUAGUUCUUGGAAUUUUGCCAUUUGCACGAGAUUUGUUGCAACGAGGGACUAAGAUAAUAUUAUGUGCUAAUUCUCUGCCAGCUUUGAACGAUGUAACUUAUCCUGAAUUGGUCGUUUUGUUACGGGAUGUCGCAAAAAUUUGUGAUGUUAUUAAACAGGGUCUAGAAAAUAAUACUCUUAUUGCUAUGGAAACCGCGCAAGCAGGCCCCUGUCUAGAUCUCAGUCGUCUGAAUUUGGAUCUCUGUCUUGCAAUGAUUAAGCAUAACGUGGAUCUUAUAGUCAUCGAGGGAAUGGGUAGAACUUUACAUACGAAUUUUUAUGCUAAAAUGAAGUGCGAAUGUCUUAAAUUGGCGGUUAUAAAAAAUCGAUGGCUGGCGCAACGUUUAGGUGGCGAUAUUUAUGCUGUGAUAUGCAAAUAUGAGCAACCAUCGCCAAGAGUCAAUAAUUAUCAAGAUUGAAAUAAAACCAGAGGCAAUAAAAGACAAUUGUUCGUUAAAAUGUACAGAACAUGCAAUGGAACUUUGCAAGUGACAAUUCUAGCAAUAGAAAUACAAAAUAUCAGUGUAAAAUAAGCAAUAUAUAAUACUUGUAGACUAAACAGAAAUGAUAAUUAAAUAUACAACAUAUUGCCUUCGUAAAAAGAGAAAAAUUAAAGAUAGAAUUAUGCAUAAAUACGCUUAAAUUAUAGAAAUAUUAUCAAGUCUGUACUAAUGUUAAGAAACAAACUAAAAGAUAAAAUAUCAUAUGUGAUUCAUCAGAUAAUCAUAAUUGUAAUACAAGAAAUUAUCAAAAUAAUUUUAUUUUUUUAAAUAAAAUGUAUCUUAUUUUUUAUCACAUUGAUUAUUGUAUGUUUGUUUUAGUUAAAACUUAUUAUAUUAAUAUAAUAUUGUCUUCUUACAUUGUUUUCAGAAAAUGCUACUAGUAUUAUCUAGUCUUCCAAAUUUUAGGUUCUUUAAUUUGAAAUAUUUUUGUAAUCUAAUUGUAAUUUGUGCAAGAUCUAAAUGAAGUUCUAUAAAUUUCAUUAAUUAUCGUAAUCGAUCUCUUCUGUGGAAAUAUUUAUGCACGUUAAAUAAAAUCACCAAAAUUUCUUAUAACAAUCC